AUGUUGGGAAGGAGUUUUUGGCUUCCAACUGUUUUUCUAGUCGCAGUUUGUAUUUUUAUUUUAUCUCAAUUUAUAGCUCCUAAACUCAAUGAUCCUGGCAAUUAUGAAUUCCUUGAACGUCGAGUGAGUUGUUCUUUUAUCACAGCGGUUUUUGAAACAUUUAUCAUGCUCAUCUAUGAAUUUUUAAGUUUUGAAAAUUCAGAGAGAGAAUGAAGGAGGCCAAUAAUUAUAAUCUCGACUCUUAGCAAAAUCCAUUUAAAGUUUCAGGAGUAUUAAAUUGAUUAGUUUUUUUCCAGGUAGAAAGAACUAAAAAGACCAAUCCACAAAUUCUGGAUAAAAUCGACCAAAGUUUGAGGUUUAUUUUCAUUUCAGUUUCUAUAGUUUUUUUUUCACUGCAGUAGAAGAACCGACUACAUAAAAAGAGAAAACAUGAGUUCUUGUCCCCCUCUGUUCGGGAAAAUCAUCGUUUUUGUGGCUUUCGUCAAAAGCAGCAUGGAGACGUUUAAUCUUUUCCAAGUUAAUUCUUUCUAGAACUACUUUUCAGUCACUACAAAGUUGCCCAAGAGUCUUUACAGUGUUAUUUGAAAGGAACGAACUAUACUGUAGAAAUGGUUGAUUUGGACAACGAUGUCCGUGUGCAGCAGGCCUGUUUUCGGAAUAAGCAGGUUAGUCAGGAUUUCGAAGAACUCGACCUUCGGAAGGAUUCGGAAUCCUCGAAAAUAGAGAAAGUUUCAGCUUUUUUUCAAAAAACAUUGCGCCGCAGCUGCUUACCUUCAGGAUUCCGAUUGGAUGUUUGUAUUAGACGCAGAUACGGGUUGGUAGGUUUCUUCGGACGUUUCCUGUCUUCGAUUCAUUUUCACAGCAACCUGAACAAGAUUUAUCGAAACUCUUUCAGUUUCGGUACUUGCGAGAAACGUGUUAAUUAUGUUGUGAAAAGUUUCAAAGGCAGUUACAUGUAACAAUCGAGCUGGAAUUACGUCAAUGUUCUGCAACUUUCACUGGUAGUUUGCAAUGUUUGAGGAAUGUCAUUCCUCUCGGUCAAUGCAAAAGAACUCGCUGUGAAUGGCUGUAAGAGGGCAUGUUGAACCUUCAACCUUGACACAAACUAUGACGGGAAUUCUACUGUGCACGGCCGCAGAAUAAUAUGUACAGUCAAAAGAAAUUGAAGGUGUUGUCAACCCAAACCAUUGCCUCGAGGAGUAUAUCGACGAUCGCGUCGACAUUCUGUUUUAUGAGCGCUUUUUCAAUUGGGAAAUCGCUAGCGGCAACUACAUAGUAAUUGCUUCAUACGUUAGCUUUUGUAAUAAAUCUGUUGAAGAUCCGCAACUCCAAGUUUUCUAGAAACUUCCUCAAAGCUUGGGGCGACUGGGAGUUCAAACAGCCUUCCAAUUGGAACGGAGCCGACAAUGGUGUUUUACAGGUCGCUAAAGGAACACUCAUUUGAUUCUCACUGUUUUGAAGCUUGAAAACUUAAGAUAAAAUUUUGCAGAUGCACAUUCUUCAAACAGUUCUCCCUUAUGCAGUACAAGAAAUCAAGAACUGCGACGAUUACUGGCAUAAAGCUACAAACUACGAGUCGUAUAUGGCUUUUGUCACCUGUGUGAAAUUAUCCCUAGGUUACUGAGGAUUUUUUUUUCAUUUUCUGAAGUGGCUUUUUCCAGGCGCAACCCGAAUUUGGCCAGGUAAAAUAAGAAUAUAUAAACGUGCUCACGGCUGGGUCCGUGACGGUUUCAUAACCAGUGACAGGUUUGAAUCACUUAUUCCUUAAGAGCAUACAGUAAACAAAGAUAAAUUUGCCUUUUACGAUUUUCGGCUUUAAUGUGCAAAAAGAGAAAAGAGUGAAAAAUGAUAGAAAGUAUCAAAAAUUGAAUGCUUUGAUGCUCAUAAAAAGAUUGGACAGAUGUUAUAUCAAACAGCAAAUUCAUUUUCACUGAUUCCACCAAACUCAUCUCAUUUUUUUCCGAAAGUUUGAUGAAUUAUGUAUUUCAAGCCUGAUCCAAAUUGUAGAUGGUGCGAAGACGACUUCAUGUUUCACGGAUGGAAAGCAAACGAAGUUGGUUUCCAAGGAUGGGAAAGUCCGUUCAACGUGAGUUCUUUCUCUCCCAAAGUAGAUUUUGGGCUUUCCAUCCGCUCUCAGAACGAUGCUUCCAAAGAAGUUGUCAAAACAACAAGUUGCCUUGACAAAGACAACGAAAAGCAAGAAUGACUUGCGACAAUGGCAGACCAUUUCAGAAAAACCUCAACGUGUCUCUGUGCGGGAAAGGUUACGAGGGCUGGGAUCACCUGCUGAAAAAGCGUGUAAGCACCGUCGAAAUUAGGUGAGUUAGGGCCGACGGGGUCUUCUAACCCGUCAGACGCAGGAAGUCGCUGGCGAUGUUCGAAACCAGCAGCGGACGCAACUUUCCUCAGGUGGCGCGCGUCUUGCCGCACUUGCAGUCGCCAGACGUCGGCGAGUGCUUUCCACUCUGCGAUCGUCUCGUUUAA